AUGGCCAACGAACAAGACAAACUUAAUAUCGAUGGAAUCAUUCAACGAUUACUCGAAUUUCGUGGCGCUAAACCGAAUAAAAAUGUUCAUUUAACCGAAAAUGAAGUACGUGGUUUAUGUCUGAAAUCACGAGAAAUAUUUCUAAGUCAACCGAUUUUACUUGAACUUGAAGCACCAUUAAAAAUCUGUGGUGAUAUUCAUGGUCAAUAUUAUGAUUUACUUCGUUUAUUUGAAUAUGGAGGCUUUCCACCAGAAUCAAAUUAUUUAUUUCUUGGAGAUUAUGUUGAUCGUGGUAAACAAUCACUUGAAACUAUAUGUUUAUUAUUAGCUUAUAAAAUAAAAUAUCCGGAGAAUUUUUUUCUUCUUCGAGGAAAUCAUGAAUGUGCAUCAAUUAAUCGUAUAUAUGGAUUUUAUGAUGAAUGUAAACGACGAUAUAAUAUUAAAUUGUGGAAAACAUUUACAGAUUGUUUCAAUUGUCUUCCUGUUGCUGCAAUUAUUGAUGAGAAAAUUUUCUGUUGUCAUGGUGGCUUAAGUCCAGAUCUACAAUCUAUGGAACAAAUACGACGAAUAAUGAGACCGACAGAUGUACCUGAUCAAGGUCUAUUAUGUGAUUUAUUAUGGUCGGAUCCCGAUAAAGAAGUUAAUGGUUGGGGAGAAAAUGAUCGUGGUGUAUCAUUUACAUUUGGAGCUGAAAUUGUAUCGAAAUUUUUGCAUAAACAUGAUCUCGAUCUUAUCUGUCGUGCUCAUCAAGUUGUCGAAGAUGGUUAUGAAUUUUUUGCUAAACGUCAAUUAGUUACAUUAUUUUCAGCGCCAAAUUAUUGUGGAGAAUUUGAUAAUGCUGGAGCAAUGAUGUCAGUUGAUGAAACACUUAUGUGUAGUUUUCAGAUUUUAAAACCAUCGGAAAAGAAAGCAAAAACACCUUCAUUAGGUAAUAAUCGACCUGUAACACCACCUCGAGGUGGUGGUGGUCCACCUGGUGCGAAAGAUUCGUUGGGGAAAGAUAACAAAAAACCAAUGUAA